AUGCGCAGCAUCGACGACAAUGGAGGCGGAGGGACCCGCGCUGUCGACAUUUGCUUCGGGAGCAGCUCGCAGAAGACAGCACCCCACACAACUGGCUCGAGUCCCGACAGAGGAGCAGAGUGCGGCAACGAAACAAAAUCUGAACAAGGAUGCCAACGCCAGCGGAGCAUCCCAGAGCGUGACCUCGAACAACUCUGGCGCUGGAAUGCAGUUGUGCCAGAGAACAUCCGACGAUGCAUGCACGACAUUAUAUCAGAACAGACAAGACAAAGACCGCAGGAUGUGGCUAUCCAGUCGUGGGACGGCUCCCUGACAUAUUCGAAGCUUGAUGCUCUUUCGAGCCUUCUAGCUCUGCAUCUGAGGUUUAUGGGAGUCGGAACCGGUGUUACAGUGCCACUAUGCUUUGAAAAAUCCAUGUGGGCUGUGGUUGCGCUUCUGGCUGUUAUGAAGACGGGGGCAGCAUUCUCAUUGACCGACCCGAGCCAGCCUAAUGCUCGUCUUCGAACAAUUGUUGAGCAGACAGGUGCAAAUUUGAUCAUUACAUCGGCUUUGCAGAGCUCCUUGGGAGCUCAAAUAGCAGCGGGAGGGACAGUUGUUGCCCUCUCGCAAUCCACUUUUGACGCACCUUUGCAGCUAUCUUCGGAUCCUCUCCCCGGUGUAGCAUCGUCGUCUCUCAUGUACGUCAUAUUCACCUCGGGUAGCACAGGCAAGCCUAAAGGUGUGUCAAUAUCUCAUGAAAACUACACGAGCGGCGCAAUUCCCCGAGCAGAGGCUGUCGGCUAUAAAUCGACCUCUCGCGUCUUCGAUUUCCCCUCGUAUGCUUUCGAUGUCAGCAUCGACUGUAUGCUUUGUACAUUGGCCUGUGGUGGCCAAAUCUGCAUCCCGUCUGAACAAGGUCGAAUGAAUGACUUGAGCGGCUCCAUUCGACGUACUAAGGCAAAUAUGGUGCACAUGACGCCUUCCGUGGCCCGGGUUUUGGAUUCUGAUAUAAUCCCUUCGCUUGACGUGCUCGGUCUCGGUGGCGAAGCCGUAUCGUCUAGUGACGCUGCAUCAUGGAGACAAUAUACGAGUUUAAUAAUUGCAUACGGGCCUUCAGAGUGUACUGUUGGUUGCACAAUCAACAACAACCUCAAUUUAUCCACAGGAAUCGGCAAGGGGGUCGGUGGCACAACCUGGCUGGUCAACCCAGACGACCACAACAUCCUGGUGCCGGUUGGCGAAAUCGGUGAACUAUUGAUUGAAGGUCCGGUCGUUGGUAUUGGCUAUCUCGGGGAGCCAGCCAAGACUGCGGAGGUAUUCAUCAAGGAUCCCUCUUGGCUCACAGCAGGUUAUGCUUCUCAUCCGGGCCGACAUGGCCGGUUGUACAAGACUGGCGACCUCGUUCGAUAUGAGUCGAAUUCAUCUGGAUCAAUCGAGUUUGUAGGCAGAAAAGACCAGCAAGUCAAACUUCGUGGACAACGCAUCGAACUGGCUGAGGUGGAGCAUCAUAUUCAGGCUUGUCUACCCACUGGUAUCACAGUCGCUGCUGAAGUUGUCAAGCCAGAAAAUGGAUCGUCAACUUUGGUGGCAUUUCUAGCUGAGAUAUCCUCUUCCAUCUUCGAAGAUGAGGGCGGGUUUGUUGAUCCUUCGCACGAAUUGUCAGCUGCUCUCGAAGCAAUUGCUACUACGCUCGCUGCUAGAGUGCCAAGGUAUAUGAUACCCGCUGUGUUUAUCACUCUUGCCUCAAUGCCUUCCAUGGUCUCUGGGAAAAUAGACAGGAAGAAGCUCCGUGAAAUUGGUACUGGAAUGCCUCGAUCCAAGCUUGGCAAGACCAGGCAAGACCAUGGUCUACAAGAAGAGCCGAGGACAGGGGCUGAGAAGAAGCUCGCGUGUGCUUGGGGUCACGUUCUGGGUCCACAGAGCACCAUUUACAAAGCUAGCAACUUCUUUGGUCUCGGUGGCGACUCUCUUCGAGCCAUGAAGCUUGUAGCAGCAGCGCGCGAACAAGGCUUGACAUUGACGGUGGCGGAUAUAUUUAGCAGCCCAACCCUCUCCAUCAUGGCGGACAAGGCCGCCAGCAUCUCAUCACAAGAAAGAGAGGAGAUUGAGCCAUUUUCGUUGCUUUCUGAAGCUUGGAGUGAAGAGACCGCACGAAACGAUGUUGCUCUGCUGUGCAGCAUCGAACCUGCGCUUGUUGAGGACGUUUAUCCUUGCACACCUCUGCAAGAAGCGCUUAUGGCACUUUCUACCAAGGUCAAGGAGGCAUAUGUCGCCCAGAGAGUCGUGGUACUGGAAAAUCUCGAAACUGCUAUGAAGUUAAUUGCAGCAUUUGACGAAGCAUCUCAAAGCAGCCCCAUUCUGCGGACUCGGAUCGUGCAGGUCCCAAGGCGCGGACUUGUCCAGGUCGUCGUCAAUGGUAAAUUCGAGUAUUUCAUUGGCACGAAUGUCGCCGACUACUUGGUUUCCGACCGCGAUGCGACCAUGGAUCUCGGCAGUCCACUGAUUCGAUAUGCUAUCAUCGAUAGUGUUGAUACGAAUACCAUCUCUUUCGUUUUGACCAUGCAUCACGCGUUAUAUGAUGGAUGGGCGAUGCCUCUCAUUGUGGAGCGCAUCAAUCAAGCUUAUGAAGGCAAGACGUUGUCACGGCCCGCAGAGUUCAAGCAUUUUAUCAAGUAUCUCUUGGCAAAAAAAGAGGCCAAGUCCGAGGAAUACUGGAGAAGCCAACUUCAAGGUACUCAUCGUUUUCAGUUCCCAACACUUCCUCACGAGGGGUAUCAGGCACGGGCAGACGAGCUGCUAGAAGAAUACGUCUCGCUAGAGGACUUACCGAAAUUCAACGCUACUGUGGCGACGGUCAUUAGAGGCGCAUGGGCAAUUGUGGCAUCACAAUACAUUAACAGCUCCGAUGUUGUCUUCGGCGAAACCCUCACAGGAAGGAACGCGCCAGUAUUGGGUGCCGAAGAAAUUGAGGGCCCAAUGAUCACUACUGUGCCAGUUCGUCUGCAAGUCAAUCCCGAGGCUCAGGUUGCAUAUUCGUCGAUUGAGCCAUGA